GGAACAUGUUUCCUGCCAACCUCGUGGAAGCCACUUUUAAACAGUACCGAACCAAAAGCAUUCCAAUUGUCAAAGUGAACAAAGCACCAUCUGAAAGUAUUACUCGCCGAAUUAUAGUCUAUGGCGUGCAGGAUGAAAAUGGAUCCAACAUUCAGAAUUUUGCCUUGGAUAUCACACCAUCACCAGAAGUGAUUUAUAAGUCAGAGCCAGGCACUAGUGAAGGCAUGAAUGUGUUGGGAAUUGUAAUAUUCUCUGCUACCAUGGGAAUAAUGCUGGGCAGGAUGGGUGACAGUGGAGUUCCCUUGGUCAGUUUUUGCCAGUGUUUAAAUGAAUCAGUCAUGAAGAUAGUGGCUGUGGCUGUAUGGUAUUUUCCAUUUGGAAUAGUAUUCCUUAUUGCUGGUAAGAUCUUGGAAAUGGAUGAUCCAUCAGCCAUUGGGAAGAAACUAGGAUUUUAUGCUAUUACUGUAGUUUGUGGACUAGUUGUUCAUGGACUUUUUAUUCUGCCAAUGAUGUAUUUCUUCAUCACCAAGAAGAAUCCUGUUGUCUUUAUCAGAGGGAUUCUUCAAGCGCUGCUUAUCGCCUUGGCCACCUCAUCCAGUUCAGCUACUUUGCCUAUAACCUUCAAGUGCUUAUUAGAGAAUAACCAUGUGGAUCGGAGAAUUGCUAGAUUUGUGCUCCCAGUGGGGGCUACAAUCAACAUGGAUGGAACAGCCCUAUAUGAAGCAGUAGCAGCUAUUUUCAUUGCCCAAGUGAACAAUUAUGAAUUGGAUUUUGGACAGAUCAUCACCAUAAGUAUUACAGCAACAGCUGCCAGCAUAGGUGCUGCUGGAAUCCCACAGGCUGGCCUUGUGACCAUGGUCAUUGUUUUGACAUCAGUGGGGCUGCCUACAGAUGACAUCACUCUAAUAAUUGCAGUUGAUUGGGCUCUAGACAGAUUUCGGACAAUGAUCAAUGUCCUGGGGGAUGCUCUUGCUGCUGGAAUAAUGGCACACAUUUGCAGAAGAGAAUUCACCACAGAUGGAUCUGAGGUGCCUUUGAUCAGUGAAACAAAACCAAUUAGCAUCCACAAGAUUAUUGCUUAUCAGAAAAAUGGCUGUGUGAAGUCGAUGAGUAAGAUGUGUGGACCUGAACCAGUCAAAACAAUACUGCAUCACUUACCUAUUCAGGUGGAACAAGAAGAAAAUCAUUCAGAAAGUUAUACAGAGAAAUACAGCAAUAAAGACCACUGUACUAUUGAAAUCAAUGAAUUGGAAACAAAUGUGUAACUGAUAGUUACUCCUGAAGGUAUCUGAAAACAAAAGAAUAUCCUGUAAGUGGAGUUGGGACAUCGUCUGCUGCUUGAAUGGGAAGACGUGCAAUGACUGCCAUGUGUGAACUGAGGUUAUAAGAUAACUGUGGACACCUGUGAAGACAGAAGGCUUCAUGGAAGAUGGGUUCCAUUGGUUAGUUGGGUUAGUAAAAAGGAAUUAAUCACUGGACACAUUUGGUUUACUUCGGGCAAACAGAUAUGAUGAACUUUUUAAGAAGAAACCCUCUGACCUAUUAAAAUUGACUUCUACUAAAUCACCCUUCCUCUGUCUUAAUGAAUAUACCAUAAUUUCAUUAAUAUUCUGUCCUCAGUUGAAAAAUGUAUUACUAGCUAACAUUUGAUUAAGGAUAAACUGUGGGUGGUAUCAAGUCAUGGUUGCUGAUCCUGAGUUAUAUUAAUAAAGUGUUGUUAUUGAUCUCCUGAUUUGGACAUACUGUACAGUAAUAAUAAGCAGUGGUUAGUUUAAAAUGAAAAUGGUUGGUUCUGAUCUCCUACAGCUGCACAGAUGAAAGGAGAGAGAGCAGUACAUGAACUCAGUGGCCCUGUGAUGUCACUAAACUAUGGUUUGGUGGUACAUGCUACCUGGACCGAAACUGUUGUGUAACAAAUCCUUGAUUGCAACUUCAUUCUGCUCUAUUCAGUGUUCUGUGUGAAUAUUUGUUUUCUGGUUGCAGUCUAAAGUGAUGGUUUUAAUUUAUAAAGCCCUAUAUGGCUUGACAUCUAGGUACCUUUGGGACUGCCUCUUCCAACCAAGGUGAGACCUGUCUGAGGUCACUCUCCAGGGAGAAACUGUUAGUACUGUUUCCCCCCCCCCCCGCUCCACAUAUACACACACUUUGGGAGGUGAGGAGAACUGAGGCUCAAAAGUGUUGUUUUUCUAUGAUGGCCCCAAUCAUCUGGAAUGGCCUUUCGAUGGCAAGAUUGGCUCCAUCAAUAAUAGCUUUCUGGAAGCUAGUUAAAACUGAGUUAUACUGGUGAACUUUGGGUGAAUUGUAAUAUCAUUGGGGCUGUGUUAUGUGAUUUUAAUUUUAAUGUAACUUAAUUUUACUUUAAGUUACC